AUGACUUGGUCUUUGUGACCGAUCUGAUUCCUCCAGGGAUUUAUGUCGCACCCACGGACACCUUUAACUUCACCCUCAUCCCGGGUUUAGACGGUAGUCAUGACAACAUAAGUCAACCCGCCGCCAUUGACUAUGACCCAGAAGAGCGCAUGGUGUAUUGGACUGAUUGGGAAUUGUCGACUGUAAAUCGUGCCUUUUUGGAUGGGAGUGGAGUGGAAGUUCUCUUUAGGGAUCUACAGAAUCCAGAGGGUUUGACACUUGACAUUGAGAAUCGUGUGAUGUAUUGGACGGAUAGUGGCAGUGAUCUAAUCGAGAGAGCUACUUUGGAUGGUCGGGAACGAUCAGUGGUUCUCAACUUGAGAAACGCUUCACUUGGAGCUGUACAACCAAGUGGUAUUGUAGUCGACCCUGCUAACAGUCAUUUGUACUGGACUGACAGGGGUACUGUACCGAUGAUUGAACGAUCUGGCACCGAUGGUUCAGGUCGUCGCGUACUCAUCGAUACUUCGCUACGUCAUCCGUAUGGUAUAGCCCUUGAUCUGGAAGGGGGAAGGCUGUACUGGUGUGAUGCUGGUUUUGACCGCAUUGAAUACUCCGAUCUAUUGGGCCAGGGUCUGACUGUUCUUGAUGAGCGCACAAGUGGAUUGGAUCUCUUUGUCUACUAUGACUUUAUCUACUGGACCGACGUGGCAUCAUCCACCAUUCAGCGUGUUGAGGCUUCGGGAAGGCUUUUGGGGAAUCACGGCUCGGAAAGUUUUAGUACUCCUUUGGGAAUUCACAUAUUUAAAGAUACACGUAACUUGUGCGCAAGUGACCCCUGUUGGAAUGGAGGUAGUUGUGUUGCUUCUUCAACCGGGUUUACUUGCAUUUGUGCUCCUCAAUUCAUUGGACAAUUCUGUGAAUCGCAGAGCCAUCCCCAUGACUUGGUCUUUGUGACCGAUCUGAUUCCUCCAGGGAUUUAUGUCGCACCCACGGACACCUUUAACUUCACCCUCAUCCCGGGUUUAGUUGGUAGCCAUGACAACAUAAGUCAACCGGCCGCCAUUGACUAUGACCCAAAAGAGCGCAUGGUGUAUUGGACUGAUUGGGAAUUGUCGACUCUAAAUCGGGCCUUUUUGGACGGGAGUGGAGUGGAAGUUCUCUUUAGGGAUCUACAGAAUCCAUGGGGUUUGACACUUGACAUUGAGAAUCGUGUAAUGUAUUGGACGGAUGGAGGCAGUGAUCUAAUCGAGAGAGCUACUUUGGAUGGUCGGGAACGAUCAGUGGUUCUCGGAGCUGUACAACCAAGUGGUAUUGUAGUCGACCCUGCUAACAGUCAUUUGUACUGGACUGACAGGGGUACCGUACCGAUGAUUGAACGAUCUGGCACCGACGGCUCAGGUCGUCGCGUACUCAUCGAUACUUCGCUACUGUAUCCGUAUGGUAUAGCCCUUGAUCUGGAAGGGGGAAGGCUGUAUUGGUGUGAUUCUGGUUUGGACCGCAUUGAAUACUCCGAUCUGUUGGGCCAGGGUCGGACUGUUCUUGAUGAGCGCACAAGUCCAUUGCAUCUCUUUGUCUACUAUGACUUUAUCUACUGGACCGACGCGGCAUCAUCGACCAUUAAGCGUGUUGAGGCUUCGGGAAGGCUUUUGGGGAAUCACGGCUCAGAAAGUUUUACCAUGCCUCUUGGAAUUCACAUAUUUAGAGAUAAUGAACCUCCGGUGUUCAGUGGUUGCCCUGGUGACGUCGUCAUCCCAGUUAAGUCAUCGUCCAAUCAGGUGGCUUACAGCUGGCCUUCUCCUCUCAUCUCGGACAAUGCUGGUGUCAGGUUCAGUUGCCAAGCAACCAAAGUUUUGAAAUGUAACCAAACCGGCAGUGGGGUCUUCACAGUUGGUGUUACUACAGUGAUCUACAACGCUACGGAUAUAUCUGGCAACCAUACCACGUGUGUUUUUAAAGUCACCGUAACAGUGGUGGAUCUAAUGUGCCCAGCAAAUUUCACAGUCGAUGCGCAGCCAGGUUCCACCAACACCAGUGUAGACUGGAUGGAACCGGUUUUAACUGGAUGGGACGGACCAACCAACUUCACCUCAAGCUUCAGUCCUGGCGAUGAACUCCAGAUAGGUAGCAAUGUUGUCAAUUACCAGCAGUGGUUUGAGUACGGCCUGGUUCUGGACUGCUCGUUCUCAGUUCAGGUUAUAGAUACACGUAACUUGUGCGCAAGUGACCCCUGUUGGAAUGGAGGUAGUUGUGUUGCUUCUUCAACCGGGUUUACUUGCAUUUGUGCUCCUCAAUUCAUUGGACAAUUCUGUGAAUCGCAGAGCCAUCCCCAUGACUUGGUCUUUGUGACCGAUCUGAUUUCUCCAGGGAUUUAUGUCGCACCCACGGACACCUUCAAUUUCACCCUCAUCCCGGGGUUAGAUGGUAGCCAUGACAACAUAAAUCUACCCGCCGCCAUUGACUAUGACCCAGUUGAGCGCAUGGUGUACUGGACUGAUUAUGGUAGCGGGUUAUCGACUAUAAAUCGUGCCUUUUUGGACGGGAGUGGAGUGGAAGUUCUCUUUAGGGAUCUACAGACUCCAGAGGGUUUGACACUUGACAUUGAGAAUCGUGUGAUGUAUUGGACGGAUUUUGGCAGUGAUCUAAUCGAGAGAGCUACUUUGGAUGGUGUGGAACGAUCAGUGGUUCUCAACUUGGCAAGUGCUUCCCUCGGAGCUGUACAACCAAUUGGUAUUGUAGUCGACCCUGCUAACAGUCAUUUGUACUGGACUGGCUGGGGUACCGUACCGAUGAUUGAACGAUCUGGCACCGACGGCUCAGGUCGUCGCGUACUCAUCGAUACUUCGCUACUGUAUCCGUAUGGUAUAGCCCUUGAUCUGGAAGGGGGAAGGCUGUACUGGUGUGAUUAUGGUUUGGACCGCAUUGAAUACUCCGAUCUGUUGGGCCAGGGUCGGACUGUUCUUGAUGAGCGCACAGAUCCAUUGCAUCUCUUUGUCUACUAUGACUUUAUCUACUGGACCGACGCGGCAUCAUCGACCAUUAAGCGUGUUGAGGCUUCGGGAAGGCUUUUGGGGAAUCACGGCUCGGAAAGUUUUACCAUGCCUCUUGGAAUUCACAUAUUUAGAGAUAAUGAACCUCCGGUGUUCAGUGGUUGCCCUGGUGACGUCGUCAUCCCUGUUAAGCCAUCGUCCAAUCAGGUGGCUUACAGCUGGCCUCCACCUCUCAUCUCGGACAGUGCUGGUCCUGUGGAUGUCACGUUCAGUUGCCAAGCAAUCAAAGUUUUGAAAUGUAACCGAACCGGCAGUGGGGUCUUCACAGUUGGUGUUACUACAGUGAUCUACAACGCUACGGAUAUAUCUGGCAACCAUACCACGUGUCUUUUUAAAGUCACUGUAACAGUGGUGGAUCUAAUGUGCCCAGCAAAUUUCACAGUCGACGCGGAGCCAGGUUCCACCAACACCAGUGUAGACUGGAUGGAACCGGUUUUAACUGGAUGGGACGGACCAACCAACUUCACCUCAAGCUUCAGUCCUGGCGAUGAACUCGAGAUAGGGAGCAAUGUUGUCAACUACCGGCAGCAGUUUGAGUACGGCCUAAUUCUGGACUGCUCGUUCUCAGUUCAGGUUAUAGGUUCUUGUCCAGCCAGCAUUACAAAUGAUGCUCUGCAUGGCCGGUUGAUGUGGCUUGCAACAAGAAGAGGCACAACAGCAGAAUCGUUCGAGAGGUGCCUGCUUAUGACAUCAAAAGCUGGGCAACCGUUAGCUGUUCGCAACUGCUCUGUUGCAGCUCCGCCGUUCUAUUUCCAGUGGGGAAACCACGUACCUCGCAGUUGCGGAGAAGAAAGGAAUGAAGUUACUCUGGAUGAAGUCAUUGUUGUUAACGUCAGUAUGGGGAACGUGAAUGAAGUGGUUGAGUUUCUGGCCAAUCAGACGUCAGAGUCGUCUGAAAGUGCAGAAAAUGUGGAAGCGGUCUCCACCAUUUUGAUGAAUAUUGUCGGGGCAGGAUCAGGAGAUGCUGAGGUAACAGAGUUGGUGAUACAGACGGUAAGCAAUGUCAUCAUGAGUACCAGCCAGACUCCUGACUCCCAGACUCCUGAGGUCAAUGCUGGCAGCUCCUCAGCCAUCGUCCAGUCUGUUGAGGCUCAAGUUUCCUUGACUCUGAGACAAGAGGGUCACUUCAGUGUACAACAGGACACCAUCCACGUUGAGGCGGUCAGUCUGGACCCAGUGCAGGCUAGCAACGGACUCACCUUCGUGUCUGCUCCGCAGCAGCAGACCGGACAGUCUUCACCACAAGAUGGCAGCCUUGCCGGCACUAAGGUCACGACCACGGUGAAUGCCAGUGAGGUGCCUCAUGAUGUGAUAGCUUCAAUCCGGUUACCGGCUAACAUUGUCGACUUAUUACAGGCUGGUAACGAAAAUGGUUCCCAGCCGCUUCGGGCGAGUUUCAUUGUCUACGCUGAUGACACCUUGUUCAAGUCAGCUCUGAUCAAAGGCUCCCCAGGGAAGAACGGCUCCAGCCUCCGGGUUGCUGGGUCCGUCGUCUCACUGACUGUGGAAGACGUUGAGUUGGUCAACCUCACCGAACCAGUGGUCAUCCAAUUCAAGGCACCAGCCAUAAAUGAAGCAGAGCGAAAUAGAACCACAAUCCAGUGCGUCUUCUGGGAUUUUGAUCUGAACGACAGAGUUGGCGAUUGGUCGAUGGCUGGUUGCUUGCUGGCAACAGAGAGCGAUAAUACAGUGUCCUGUAACUGUAGUCAUGCAACAAACUUUGCCAUUCUUGUGAAUUUCAAAGGACAGGGUGAACAAAAUGGAUUCCAGGACGCCCUGGAUAUCAUUAGCCAAGUUGGUUGUGUCAUCUCCAUCAUUGCCUUGGGUAUCACGUUGACUGUGUAUCUUGCUAUCAAGAAACUGCGAACUGGCAAAUCUCGUCAGAUCUUCAUCCAUUUGUUCUUCUCCUGGCUGAUGUUGUACAUCGUGUUCCUUGCCGGCGUCGACAACGCAAGGGGUACUGGAGGUGGUUGUGUGUUCGUGACAGCUUUACUUCACUACUUUGCUCUGUCCACUAUGAUGUGGACGGCCGUUGAAGCCAGGAACAUGUACGUCAGUACGGUGAAGGUGUUCCCAGAAGACACGCCUCACUACAUGCUCAAGGCUUGCCUCAUCGCUUGGGGAUCUCCACUGAUUGUUCUGACGAUCACCUUGGCUGCAGCAACUGAUCACUACAGAAACGAGGAUUACUGUUUCCUUAAACCUGGUCUUGUGCUGUACCUCGGCCUCCUUGCUCCCAUUGGUCUCAUCCUCAUCCACAACAUCAUCACCUUCAUCUUGGUCAUGCGCAGUCUCCUGAAGGUCAAUGAGGCAUCCCGCUCCCAGCAGAUCUCCAAACGCCUCCAGAAUGCUGUGGGAAUCUCCACCCUCAUGGGCUUGACCUGGUGUUUUGGAUUCCUGGCCAUCGAAGAGGCAGAAGAAGCAUUUCAGCUCAUCUUCUGUCUGGCCAACUCCUUUCAGGGCCUGAUUGUUUUCAUCUUGUUUUGCGUGCGACGUGAGGAGGUCCGCACCGCCCUCGCGCCGUACAUGAAGCGCCUCUGCUGUGGUCGCACCUGUGAUGUACAGGUUCCUUGGAAAAAGAAUAGGUCUUACGACCUGCCGAUGUCUGAAUCGGUGCCAAGUUCACCAUCGACUGCCCACACUGCUGAGUUGGACAUGUCAGUGUCAGGACCGUAUUAGUGAGAGGCAGGCUUCAAUGCCCGCUGUCUGAAACGUCAAUCUUCACAGUCUACUUAUAGAAGAAUAUACUUAUCUUGUCGUGCACAAAUGGUAGAUGGCACUGACAUGGACACCCCGUGCACAUACAUAGGAUUUAAAAUAGAAACAAAGGCGAACAAUAACAGGGAAGCAAAGUGGACAAUAGUGGUACCCCAUAAACCCCAAACGCCAUGGCAUUAUUGAUGUGGGGUACCAAGAUUUUUUAAAGACCAACUUGCGGGUUUUUAUUGUCCCUAUUGUUGCUCUUUGUUCUCAGUACCCUGUAUGUACCCAUAUAUAUAAGUAGACACUUGUUGGCACGCAGAAGGGUGCACCACGUAACAAACUUGUUACGUCUUUGUGUAAGCUUGAGGCACCAUUUGAUAAAACAGGCAUGUCCUUGCCAGUGAUCUUCCCCAACUUCCGUUUAGGGAUGUACUUGUGCAGAAAGUCUAUAACCACCACUGGAUAAACUAUUAGCACUCAAUCUAUGACUGCCUCAUGAACAUGGCCAUGGCCAUGCAGGCAUGAUCUGCAGAGGCGCGGAUCCAUUUGCA